UUCGCAAAGAAGGAGUCGAAAAUUUCUGCAGAGACAGUCAAAUACACUUACGACUUGGCUCCCUGUUUAAGUGUGCUCGUGGACCUGUUCCAACGAACAUCGUAUAAGCUUUCCAACUUUGGUAAACCUAGUCAUAUAUGGAUAAAGCGAAUGGCGGGAAAUCGAAAGGGGCUUAGGGACCACUCCAACGAGACCUUCCAACCGUUGUCUAAGAAGAGCGGAAGACUAUCGACACACUCAUAGCGAUAACUGGCGUAAAAUGAGCUCUUCAAAGCCUAAGCUUGGGAAAAGGAAGGUACCUGCUGCUAAGGGGUCUGUACCGGUGAAGAAAAAGCCUCGCAAGCCCCGAGGAAUGGUUAAAUUGCCACCAGGAACCGUCUUGACAGACCUCGCCAAGAAAAAGUGGCGUUUGGGAGAGUUGGUAGGAUGGGGUGGUUUUGGUGCCAUUUACUUAGCUUCUCCAGAUAGUGGAUCACCUGUUACUGAAACUGCUGAACAUGUUGUUAAAGUGGAGCCACAUGCCAAUGGCCCUUUAUUUACAGAACUUGCAUUCUACCAACGUGUUGCUAAACCAGAACUAAUUAAAAGCUGGUGUCAGUCGCGUCGUCUAAAACAUCUUGGAGUUCCAAUGUUUUUGGGUUCUGGGUUACAUGAACAUGAGUCCAGUAAGCUGCGAUUUCUAGUUCUGGAGAGGUUUGGGAAAGAUGUUGAUGAGCUUUUCCUAAACAGUAAGCGGAGGUUUGAUGUGACAACAGUGUUGAUGCUUGGUCUGAGAGUUAUCGAUGCUCUGGAGUAUAUUCACUGUCAUGAAUAUACCCAUGGAGACAUUAAAGGCUCAAAUCUCAUGAUGGGAUUCUCAAAGUCAAAAUCUGGUCAAGUCUAUUUACUGGAUUAUGGGCUUGUAUAUCGGUUUAGUCCUGAUGGGAAUCACAAAGAAUAUAAAGAAGACCCUAAAAGAAAACAUGAUGGCACAAUAGAGUUUACCAGCAGAGAUGCACAUAAUGGUGUAGUCACCUCGCGGCGUAGUGAUUUGGAGAUUCUGGGUUUUGUGAUGCUACAGUGGUUGUGUGACAGACUUCCCUGGGAAAAGAAUCUUCAGGAUAAGGAAUAUGUGAGGAAUGAAAAGAAUAGGUAUAUGAAGAACAUUCCAAAAUUAAUGAGGGACUGUUUUUGUGGAGAUCAUCAAGUUGAGAUACAAAAGUACUUGGAAUACAUCAACACAUUGGAAUAUGAAGAUCAACCAGACUACGAAUUCAUUCGUAAACUGUUCAGAGAGGGCCUUAAAAAGAGGGGAUGUACAGAUGAUGGAAAGAAUGUGAAGUUCACCACCUCAAAAGCCAGCUCAGCCUCUGCUGAUCUUCCCAAUGGUUAUAGCUCAGCAGGAGAGAAGCGCAAGUCAGAGGACACAAGUGUGUCACCUCCAGCUAAGAAAUCUAAAGCCAACCCAGUCAGAGCAACUCGAGGAAGAGCUGCAGCCAAACAACAAGCUGAACCUGCCAGACCAAGAGUUAGGAGAGCAAGACAAAGAUAACCAGUUAUGGUUGAUACAGCCUCUUCACCCUAA